AUGGAAGAGGCUUCCACUUCUCAGAACAGCAGCCUUGAAGCAUCCACUAGACCUUACCACGUUUUUAUCAAUCAUCGUGGGCCGGACGUGAAGUAUACUCUUGCCAGCACCAUAGAUUUUUGCCUCAGUGACAAGGGGUUGAAUGUGUUUUUUGAUAAUACUGAGUUUCGGGCAGGACAGAUUUUAUCGCCAACGAUAAUAGAAGCAAUUCGAACUUCUUCAGUCUACAUUGCCAUUUUCUCUCCCAGAUAUGCCGAAUCGUACUGGUGCUUAGAAGAACUCCGUCUAAUGCUCGAAACUGGUCGUAAAAUUAUUCCCGUAUUUUAUGGCGUUAGACCUAAAGAUCUUCGUCAGCAGAGAGAUGAUAAAGGAAUCUAUGCACAAGCAUUCAGCGAGUUUCGGAUCAUAGAUCACUCACUAAUCUCUCAAUGGAGACAAGCCCUUAAACAAGCAUCCAAUAUUUCAGGGUUGGAACUGAAUUCAGAAAAGUUUGGUGGGUAA